AUGUUAAUUCGAUCCUCGCGAGCUUUUUUCUUAUCUCAAUCAUGGCCUUUUCCAAAUGUUAAACUGACCCAGAGUUACUAUCAUCAUCCUUCGGACAUUCCACUUCUGCAUCAUUCACUCGGUCAACAUUUAGAUCGAUUGGCACAAGCGUAUCCUGAUCAUGAAUGUUAUGCGUUUAAAAGUGAAGGAAAUAAACGAUAUACUUAUAAAUCAUUUCUCGAUGAAGUUGAUGGUCUCGCCACCAUUCUUAUCGAACUUGGUUUUGAAAAAGGAGAUCGAAUUGGUGUUUGGCUACCAAAUACUUCAGAAAAAUGCGCGAUGACUUAUGCAGUGUCAAAAGUGGGAUUGAUUAAGGUAAAUAUCAAUCCUGCUUAUAGAGAACGAGAAUUAAGUUAUUGCAUUAACAAAGUCGGUUGUAAAGGAUUGAUUUUUCGAUCGAAUGUAAGAACAAUCGAUUGUAUUCAAAUCUUAAAUCAAAUUAUACCUGAACUAAAUGAAAGCAAAGGUGAAUUGAAUUCGAAAAAUUUUCCAACAUUAAAACAUGUAAUAUUGACACCGGGUGAUAACUCAACGACAAAGGUACCAACCGGUGUGCAUUUGUAUACUGACCUUAUAAAUAAAGGUGCUGGACGUCAGCAAAAGGAACGAGUUGAACGUCAAUCGCUCAUGAACGGUGAUACUCCGGUGGCUAUUUUCUAUACCUCAGGAACAACAGGCCAACCUAAAGCAGCGACACUGACCAAUUUAAAUCUGUUGAAUAGUAGUGUGCCACUUUACUAUUGUCAUAACUCGGCAUUUAUGAGUCGUGUUUGCUGUCCAAUACCUACAUUUCAUAUCUUUGGUGAAGUUGCAGGUACUUUGAAUAUCAAUGCACCAGGGUAUUUCACAACAUUUCCAACAAUCUUACCCGAUACUCUUGAGACUCUGCAGACGAUACAGGAGGAGAAAUGCACUGCGUUAAUAGGGCCACCCGUUAUCUUUCUAGACCUGCUCAAUCAUCCGAAAAGAAAAGAGUUUGAUUUGAGUUCACUGCUAUUUGGUGUUAUUGGAGCUGCGCCUGUCAAUCCGAUACUAAUGCAACGUUUAGAACGGGAAAUUCCCAUUCACAUGAUAUCCCAAGCAUAUGGUCAAACCGAAAACACAGGUGCUAUGGUUAUGAGCGUCUAUGCGGAUAACAACAAUAAGAAACACCGUUAUGAGUCGGUUGGUAAAGCAAUGCCUCGAAUGGAAGUCAAGAUUAUCGAUGCGCACGAUCGAAUUUUACCAAUUGGCGAAGAAGGAGAAAUUUGUGCUCGUGGCUUUGAUUUGAUGGAAGGUUAUUACGGAGAUGAAGAAAAAACACGUGCAACUAUUAGUUCAUCUGGUUGGUUGAGAACCGGUGAUAUUGGUACAAUGGAUGAAGAUGGGUUUAUCUAUUAUCGAACACGACAAAAGGAAAUGAUCAUUGUUGGUGGUUUGAAUGUGUAUCCUGUUGAGGUAGAGAAUGUUCUUCUAGAACAUCCGAAUAUUGGUGAAGCGCAAGUCUUCGGUAUUCCUGAUGAACGAUACGGCGAAGUGCUUUGCGCAUGGGUGAAACCGAAAGUAAAUAUGAAAAUCGAGAAUGUCGAAGAAAUCAGAGAAUUUUCAGCGACAAAGUUAGCAUUUUACAAAGUACCUAAAUACAUCAAUGUUAUCGAAUCAUUUCUUCCAUACAUGACACCAACUGGCAAAGUUCAAAAGUUUAAAUUAACGGAAAAUAUGUUGAAAAAUCUGGCGAAAUGA